AUAAUUUAAACGUGAUUUUUAUAAUUAUAUUUCUCCCCUCUUUAAUCAAUCAGACACCAUAAUGUUUUAGUGUUAAACAUCAAUAAUUGUGAGUAUUAUAUUGACGAAAACAAAUCACCCCUCCAAUAAUAAUCAACAUUAUGCUUUAUGCAACAUUAUUCACAAAUAGUUUGUUAUUGGCUCGUAUUACUACGACAGUGUUUCACUGCUAGCAACAAUUUUUUUACAACGGCUACUGCAGGCUAGUACUGAAACAGAAAUACGAUCAUCGUCAAGACCGUUCACGGAAGAAAAAUAAAUUAACUAGAGUUGAGUUCAGUUAUCAACAUGGGAAAAGAACAAUAUUUUAUAAUCACAUCCCUUAUAGUCGGAAUUAUAACUGCACUUCCUAAAGACAAGAUUGUGUUUAUUGAUACACCUAACAUACCGAAUAAGUCAUUAAAUCUUGAAACUAUAUUGCCAUCACAAGCUACAUGUGGUAAAAGAAUGGCACCAAGUUUUCGAAUAAUGGGAGGAAGUGACUCUGAAUUAGGUGCUUGGCCUUGGAUGGUAGUUCUCGGAUACAAAAAUGUUAAUAAUAUCAAUGGUUCUAUCGAAUGGCUAUGUGGUGGUACAUUAAUUUCUAACACACAUGUCUUAACUGGCUCUACAUGCGUACACAACAUUGGGAAUAGAAUAUUGACAGUUGCACGCUUAGGGGAAUUGAAUUUAGAUCCCACAAUUGAUGAUGGGGCAACCCCAUUAGAUGUUCCAAUCGAACGUAUUAUAAAACAUGAAGAAUACAACUUGCGCACUUUAACCAACGAUAUUGCAUUACUAGUAUUGAAAAAUAAAGUUAAUUUUAACACAUUUAUCCAACCAAUAUGUUUGCCACUAACGCCAAAAAUGAAAAACAUCGAUAUGGGGAAUAAUUUGCCGUUUAUUACUGGAUGGGGAUAUACUGAAUUCAGAGGUCAAUCAUCUUCAUCUUUAAAGGAAGUUCAAAUUCCAAUUACAAACAUAACGGACUGUAAAAAGUUUUAUCAAAGUGAACAUUAUUCGAUCGAUGACAAAGUUAUAUGCGCUGGAGGAACAGGGAGAGACUCGUGUUUAGGUGAUUCCGGAGGUCCAUUAAUGUGGUUGGAAGAAAAACAAUUUUAUUUGAUGGGUAUUGUUUCUUUUGGUAAAAAAUGUGGAAUAUUCCCAGGCGUGUAUACCAAAGUGGCUUCAUUUACUGAUUGGAUUUUAGGAAAUUUAUUCUCGUACGGUGGUGUGAUCUAUCGUUUGUGUGUACGUUUUCUCGUUCUUGACAUGUCGAAACGCGCUAUUGUAUGGUGUUUAAUUUUUGCGUACACCGCCGAUUCGCAAUCUUGGGACCGGAAAGACGAUGACGAGCUGUGCAAAGUGAUCACCAGGACCGACAACGAUUACACGUGUAAGCCGAUCGACCAAUGUCCGGUGGUCCUCCGUGAAGCCAAAGACCUUUCGGCGUAUCCAAAGAUAUGCAGAUUCCGGGGACGAGUACCGAUCGUGUGCUGUCCGACAACUGCGCGAGAUGUCCCCGAUAGAAACUCCACCGAAAUGUGCAGAGAAUACUAUUCGUUGACUACGAGAGGCGGUGGAACUAUCGAAUCCGGAGGUUGUCGAACGAACAAUAGGGUCAGAAAAAGUCUUCUCACCAUCGUCGGCGGGACCAAGGCUGAAGAAAUGGAAUUUCCUCAUAUGGUUCUUUUAGGAUUUGGAGAGAAAAUUAAAAAUGUUGAAUGGGCCUGCGGUGGGUCAUUGAUUAGCGAUCGUUUUGUGCUUUCAGCAGCCCACUGUUCUGAAAUUGGAAAAAAAACUCCAGUUAAAUGGGCCUUGCUGGGUGACAACGACAUAGGUUCCAAUGAAGGUGCUGCUGACCCUAAGAUUCGUGAAAUCGUAGAGCGCAUCUUGCAUCCAAAUUACAAACCUCCUUCGAUGUAUAACGAUAUCGGUCUAUACCGGUUAAGCACACCGGUUAAAUUCAAUCAAUUUAUCUUACCAGUUUGCUUAAACUCCGAAGAACAAUUGACCACUAAACAAGCAAUCGCCAUUGGUUGGGGAAGAACUAGUUCAGCUGGUCAAACGAGUAAUGUUUUAAUGAAAGUAUCAUUAGAUUUUGUGGAACAAAAUGAAUGCAAUCGUAGCUAUUCGUCUACCACGAAUCCAAAUUUGAAGUUUGGAAUAAAUCCAAGCAAUCAAAUUUGCGCCGGACAAAUGGAAGGCGGCAAAGACACAUGUCAAGGUGAUUCAGGCGGACCGUUACAGAUCGUACAUCCUGAAUUUGAGUGUAUGUACACUCAAGUGGGUAUAACGUCGUUCGGGAAACUGUGCGGUGAACCAAAUGCUCCUGGCGUCUACACGAAGGUAUCCAAUUACGUGUCUUGGAUCGAUAGCAUCGUUUGGCCGACCUCUUCAUGAAUAUCGAUUGGAGCGACUUAAAAAUUAUGAUUAUACAGCAAAAGAUUUUAUCCUAUGUUUUUCUCUUGCCUAUAGGCAUAUAAGCGCAUAUUAUAUUGUGUGGAAAAUGUAUAUUCUUAAAAAAUAUAUACCAAUAUUUUAUUAUAUUCA